GCUUCCGAUAGAGCAUUCCAUGUACUGUUACAUUUAUAUGCAUUCCUAGACCCUGUUAUUGCUUUCAUCACCAUAUCGUCAUUAUGGCGGACGCUCCAAUUUCGGACCGCUCCGAACACGAGGCUCAAGUCGUCUCGGAACAUCUGCCGCCUGGAUACUCGGCUGCAUUCGACGGAGCACCCGCCGAUUCCGCUGCUGCGUCAUCUUCUAGCCAGGACCAGGUAGAUCCGGAGCCCGCCGAAUCCUCAUUGAAGCUCCAAGGUGGUGACAUGCACCGAGACCUCUUCAAAGCCGCCACUCGGGCCAAGAUGCAUAAGCGAGCAGCAACCUUCCACCACCCCCAAGACCUCACAGGCGAUAAUGAGUCCGGAAUUUUAACCGUUGGUGAUCAACUAGCUCCGGGAGGGUUCCGAAGAGCUUUCAUACAGCAAAGGCAAGAGCGCGAAACAUGGGCUGCGCGGAUGCCUGUAACGAGGAAUUUUGUUGAGUUCUUGGAAUUGUAUGGGAGCUUUGCCGGAGAAGAUCUGGCUGACUCGGACGAUGAAGCGGUGAUAUCCGAAGAAGAAGGCGGGGGUGAAGAAGGAGAGGAACAGCCGCCGAGCGAGACGAGACCACUUCUCGGGCGACGUAAGAGUAAGACUGCGCGUGCAUCUCGUUCGGCCACUGCUAGCACCAAGCAGACUUUCUUCACACUGCUAAAGGCUUUCAUUGGAACUGGAAUCAUGUUUCUUCCCAAAGCUUUUAACAAUGGCGGCAUCUUAUUCUCGUCAUUGACGAUGUUGGUUGUCUCCACAGUCACCAUGUUGGCAUUCCAUCUGCUGCUUGCCUGUAAAACCAAGUACGGCGGUGGUUAUGGCGAUAUUGGCGAGGCGAUAGCCGGCAAAAAGAUGCGUGCAUUGAUUCUAGGUUCGGUUACUCUAUCGCAAUUGGGGUUCGUCUGUGCUGGUAUAGUAUUUGUUGCGGAGAAUAUGACAUCGUUUCUUCAAGCUGUCAACCAAGGGGAUAGUCCAUUGUCAUCUACCGCUCUAAUCCUUAUGCAGCUUAUCGUUCUUAUACCUCUCGCGUUCAUCCGCAAUGUCGCUAAGCUCGGACCCGUCGCGGUACUCGCGGACGUCUGUAUCUUGCUUGGUGUUGGGUACAUCUAUUACUACGAUAUUGCUCAUCUCGCUGCUGACGGCAUGCACGAGAGCGUUGUUCUCUUCAACCCAUCCAAAUAUACAUUAACAAUCGGAGCGGCUAUCUUCACAUUCGAAGGAAUCGGGCUCAUUCUUCCAAUUCAAUCUUCCAUGUCGAAGCCGGAACGGUUUGAAUGGCUCCUUGGUGCCGUUAUGCUAAUUAUCACGGUCAUAUUCACCGCGGUCGGUGCCCUUUGCUAUGCUACAUUUGGCGAGAAUACGUCGAUCGAAAUUAUCAACAAUUAUCCCCAGGAUAGCAAAUUUGUCAAUGCGGUCCAAUUCCUUUAUUCAUUAGCAGUCCUUGUCGGAACCCCUGUUCAGCUAUUCCCCGCCAUUCGAAUCAUUGAGAACAGAAUUUUCGGUUCGCAUUCUGGCAAGAAGAACGCCCGUACGAAAUGGGUCAAAAAUGCGUUUAGGUCGAUCAUAGUGCUACUUUGCGGCGCGAUUUCAAUUGUAGGCGCCUCAAACCUCGACCGAUUUGUCGCAUUGAUCGGGUCUUUCGCCUGUGUUCCCUUGGUCUACAUCUACCCGGCUUUCUUGCAUUACAAAGGCGUUGCAACUUCGUGGCCCGCCAAAGCAGGGGAUCUCUUUUUCAUGACUGUUGGUACGAUCGCGAUGGUCUACACGACCGUCAUCACUCUCGUCAACAGCUUUAUGAGCUAAACAUUUACUUAUCGGCAUACCGCAUUGGGCAUAUCCGGCUAUAGGCGAAACGGAAAAAAGAUUGAAUUGGUCACGGAGUUUAUGAUUGCGAAAUUGGUGUUGUUAUUCUAGCAGCGGAUUGAUUUUUUACAUUCUUAUCAUCCAUACCUUUUCAUUGUAUCUUGUUACUAGGGAUCCUCAACAUUGGAAGCGUGGGAAAAAAGUAACUAACGCUCAGCAUUUACCUUCCAGGAAA